AUGUUGACUCUCUCUAGUAAAUGCGUCCACAGAACCAGUCAAAGGCGUUGUCUAAUAUCACUUGUAUUAUCUUCUCCCUCAACUAUGUUCUUCCAUAUUAUCUGCCGAGUUUGCGCCAUCCUUCCCGUUGCCAAAUCAGUCUCCUCGAUUCAGACUGCUGCCAUGCAUCCAACCUCACUGCUCUCCAUCCUUGUCUCAUUGUUCCUCUUCCGUCAACGUGCGCAUGCCGAGUGCGAGCCAGUGGGGUGCGGGAACUUGAGCAUCAAGUACCCGUUCUGGCUCGGCGCGCCCAGCCGCCCCCCGCCGGAGCCUUCCUGCGGCCACCCGGCCUUCGAGCUCUGGUGUAUCAACAGCAACACCACGGCUUGCAUCAGCGGCUCCCCCAUCCACAUCCACAGCAUCGACUAUGGUGCCAGCUCCUUCGUCGUCUACCAUAACAGGGUCGCCACAGGCACCGACGGCGUGUGCCUCGCCGACUUCAACGUCUCGUCCACCCUCGCCCUCAGCCCGUUGAGGAUCAGCCCAAGCAACCGUGCCCUAUGCUUCCUAUUCAACUGCAACGGGAAGGAGCCACGCGGGCGCGAGUACGCCAACGCCACCGCGGGCUGCAAGAGGCCCAUCGUCGCCUACCUCGGUGGGAGCUACGACCGGGACACGCCGCCGGCGAUCCCAACCGGGAACUGCACGUACAGGUACCUCCCGGUGCUCGGCUCGGAGGCGGCGGUGUCCACGGCGGCCAACUAUAGCCGGCUCUUGAAGGCUGGGUUCCUGCUGGACUGGGCGGGCACCGGCAGCAUCGGUGACUGCCCCGCCUGCAUCGCGAGCGGGGGCCAGUGCCGGUACAGGAACGCGAUCGGGGCGCUUGCCUGCCUCUGCCCCGACAGUAAGCUGCACGGGCCAACAUGUGCCGGUAGCAUGGGGACUAGCAAGACGAUUAUGCUAAUAGUUGUGACAUCAGCAGCUGGAGUCUUGCUCUUUACAUGCAUAUACGUCCUGAUAUGGCAUAGAAAGGGGAAAAUACUAUGGUUUCUCCUUUGCAAGAAGACUAGAAGCAACACUGAAAAGAAUUACGAGGCCAUGAUAGCAUCGUAUGGAUCCCUAACUCCAAAAAGAUACAUGUAUUCAGAGGUAAUGAAGAUAACUUCUUCUCGCGGCAAUCAGCUUGGAAAAGGUGGUUAUGGUGUGGUCUUCAAAGGAAGACUACAUGAUGGUCGUCUGGUUGCUGUGAAAUUCUUGCAUGACUGCAAAGGAAAUGGGGACGAGUUUGUGAAUGAGGUUAUGAGCAUUGGAAGGACCUCGCAUGUUAAUGUUGUUAGCUUAUGUGGGUUUUGUUUGGAGGGAUCAAAACGAGCUCUUAUAUAUGAGUACAUGCCCAACGGUUCCUUGGAUAAGUUCAUUUACUCAGAGAACCCCAAAGAAAUUUUAGGAUGGGAGAGGCUCUAUGCGAUAGCACUCGGGAUUGCUCGUGGCCUCGAAUACUUGCACCAUAGCUGUAAUACACGUAUCGUCCAUUUUGAUAUCAAGCCCCAAAAUAUCCUUCUAGACAAGGAUUUUAAUCCGAAGAUUGCUGAUUUUGGUCUAGCUAAAUUGUGUCAUACAAAGGAGAGCAAGCUUUCAAUGACUGGUGCUAGAGGAACAAUUGGAUUCAUCGCUCCAGAAGUUCACUCUCGAACAUUUGGAGUGGUUUCAACAAAGUCAGAUGUUUAUAGUUAUGGAAUGAUGCUUUUGGAGAUGGUUGGAGGAAGGAGAAAUGUAAAAUCAACUGUUGCAAAAUCCAGUGAAAAGUAUUUUCCCGACUGGAUUUAUGAUCACUUUGCGCAAGAUGAUGGAUUACAAGCAUGUGAAGUCACAGGAGAAACUGAGGAAAUCGCAAGAAAGAUGACAUUAAUUGGAUUGUGGUGCGUACAGAUAUUGCCUGCAUAUCGUCCUACCAUAACCAAAGUUCUAGAAAUGUUCGAGAGAAGCUCAGAUGACAUGGACAUGCCACCGAAGCAAAACUUCUCUGGAUUGCUUGAAAGUUCAGCUCAAAAUAUGGAUGUACAAAGUUCAAGUUCUAACAAAUCUGAGGAGAUCGGCCUUGUGAAUUCAAAAAUCCUACAAAAAUCGCCAACUCUUUGA